GCUAUUGGCUACAGCUCAAUAAUCUCCAGUUUGUUGUGAACUGUUUCAUUUGUCAUCGGUUAUUAUUCGCAGCUUCUCUUCGUUCUAAAAAUAUGUGAAUUAUCUCUAAAAAUGAAUUCACAUGCGUACUCGUUGCUCAAUCAAGUUAUGUUUUAAUUUACCUGUGUUAUUCUAUCAUAAACAGAGUUUAUAGACUGAUUAUAAAAAGUUCUUGCUAAUUCCGCCAUUAUUGUAUACCAGUGGAAUUUAUUUUGCCAAGUUCAUUCUCUAUGAACGUCAAUAAAAAUUCAAGACAUUAUUGACAGAUUGUUGACUGAAAAAAAAAUUCUUAUUAGUGUUUUAUGAAUGGAACUAGUACUUAAACUAAUAAAUAAUAAAUCGAAAUAUUAACUAAUUAACUCCAUUAACCAAUUUGUAAAAUAAUUUAUUGAUUUUCACUUUUUAAUUUAUUUCAUUAAUCAACUCAGGUUUGCAGUAAUUAUGGCGUUACAUUCUCAUCCGAUAAUAAAUUCAAAUCUAAAUGAUCCUGUCACAAAGGCAGUAAUGGACAAUAUUAUGGGAAACUUACCAACAAAAAAGCCUUUAGUGAGAUGUGAAGAUUGUGAUUUAUGUUUCACUAGUCAAACAGUAUUAGACGCACACUUGCAAGGAGCUAGACAUGCCAAACAGAUAAGAUCCAAAGUAAUCAUGGCAACACUUGAAGAAACAAAAGUUGCCUUCACAAAAGACCAAGAAGCGAAUGGAUUGAUGUGUAAUGUUUGUAAUGUUUGUUUAAAUUCAAUACAACAACUUCAAACACAUUUAAAUGGUAACCGGCACAAGAAAAAAGCUAUGAAAGGUGGAACAUCUCCGAUGGAAGUGACAACAGAUGUUGGGUCUGUGGCGACGUCGACAUCUUCAACAUCAUCUGGAUCGUCAGUCACUGCUCCAUCAACUCCUACUCGACCAUCACCUCUUUCUUGCCAGUUAUGCAACAAGUUCUUCAACUCGAAAGCUCAAUACGACAUCCAUAUUUCUUCGAGAAAACAUACGCAAAAAAUUACCGGCAAUGCUACAAAAAAUAAGAAAAAAAGGUACACUCCAUUCGUGAAAAAAAAGAAAGAAGAUAUUUUUGGAAACCAUAGAAUCGAUGUAAUUCCAUCUCUAUCUAAUAAUUUUAUCUCCGGGGGAUAUACACAUGUAUAAAAAAGUUCGAUUAUAAAUUAAUUCUUUAACUUUACAAUCUUUUCUCAAAUAAUCAAUUAAUUGUAUGUUCCAUACUUGAUCGAUAACAUUAUUUAUGAUAAGAAGAUGAGUAAAAAAUACUUUAUUGAGUGAGAUGAAAAUGAAAAAAAUAUAAAUAUAUAUAUAUAUAAAUAUAGAUAUGUACAUCUAACAUAUAGAUAAAGCUAAGUGUGAUAAAAUCAAUUAAUUUAUAGAUUAUUUGAAAAAAUUGGCUGUAUUUGUUCAUGCAAUAAAAUAUGUUGAUGAUUCAUAGAAAUUAAUUUUAUCGUUGAAAAAUAUUUUCUUUGGUUUGUUUAUUUGUAUACAAAGAAAGUCUAAAUUGCUGAAUGAGCUGAUCUAGACUUUCUUUGAGUUGAAUUGGCUGUUGACUGAAAUGAUAAUAAAUAAUAAUGUUAGUAAUACACAAUAAC